GCCAGUUGCGUUUAAGCUUUCUAGGCAAUGCCACAAAAACAUCUGCCACGACCUCUUAAAAAAUAAAAUUUGGACAAAAAAUGAUUUAGUUUAAAAAGCGCUGGCGUAAAAACACAAUAGUUUUAUAAUCUGAUAUAUCAUAAAAAAUUAAAGCAGCCUCCAAAAAAUCCGUCACGACCAAAAAAAGCUCGACGCUUGAGUGACGUGGACCUGGAGACAUUUGUUGUUAUUUUACCUGUUUAGUGAUUAGGAAAACAGAUCAGCAUGUCUGCGGUACGGCGAAAGGCACCCGGCAGCGAUGCCGACCAGGAGCUGCUCAUCGAGGACAUCUCAAAGUCGCACAAGGAGAAGGAGGACGAAAAGCCCGAUAUUCGCGGCGAUCGAAGGAAUAUAGCCAUCCUGCUGUUCCUGUACAUCCUCCAGGGCAUUCCCAUUGGCCUCAUUGCCGCCAUUCCCAUGCUCCUCCAGAAUCGAGGAGCGAGCUACAAACAGCAGGCCGAGUUCUCCUUCGCCUAUUGGCCCUUCAGCCUGAAGCUGCUAUGGGCCCCGAUUGUAGACUCUCUGUACGUGCGCCGCUUUGGACGGCGGAAAUCAUGGUUGGUGCCCGUGCAGUACCUCCUGGGAGCCUUUAUGCUGCUCCUAUCGCUCCACGUGGACCGCUGGCUGGGCGGAAAUGGCGUGGAGCCGAAUGUACCGCUGCUGACGCUUCUAUUCUUCCUGCUGAACUUCCUUGCUGCCACUCAGGACAUCGCUGUUGAUGGCUGGGCGCUGACCAUGCUCAAGCGCUGCAACGUGGGCUAUGCCUCCACCUGCAACAGUGUUGGCCAGACUGCUGGCUACUUCCUGGGCUAUGUGGUCUUCAUCGCCUUGGAGUCAAAGGACUUUUGCAACACGUACUUGCGGGAUGUGCCCAUGGAUGAAGGAUUUGUGACGCUGCCGCGCUUCCUUUGGUUCUGGGGCAUCACGUUUGUGGUGGCCACCACUCUUGUGGCAAUUUUCAAGAAGGAGAACGACAUCGAGGACGCUCACAUGGACGCUCGGUACACGGAGGAGCACGAGCUAAACAUUCAUCAGAGCUACAAGAUCUUGUGGGACAUGGUUCGCAAGCGACCGGUGCAGAUCCUGGCCGUCAUCCUGCUCACCGUUAAGGUGACUUUCGCCGCCUCUGAUGCAGUUACCAGCCUGAAGCUGAUCGAUGCCGGCGUGCCCAAGGAUAAGCUAGCUUUGCUGGCCAUUCCCCUUGUACCGCUGCAGCUCAUCCUGCCGCUAGCGGUGGGUCGUUACACAAAUGGCCCCCGACCCAUGGACGUUUACCUUAAGGCCAUUCCCUAUCGCCUCAUAAUGGCCACGGUGGCCACCUUCUUUGCGUAUGCCACACCAUACAUCAUUCAAGGUGGCACAGUGCCAGUUUACUACUACGUUUUGCUGGUGAUCAACUAUGCCUGCUACCAGGUAUUCCUCUACUCCAUGUUCGUGGCCGCCAUGGCCUUCUUUGCCAAGAUCUCGGACCCAGCGGUGGGCGGCACCUAUAUGACAUUCCUCAAUACGCUGUGCAACCUGGGCGGCAAUUGGCCCAACACCGUGGUGCUCUGGCUGGUGGAUGUGCUCACGUGGAAACAGUGCUCCAAUAAUGCGGCCAACAGCUGCCAGGGCAAGGAGGAACAGCAGAGCUGCGAGGCAGGGCAGGGCAAGUGCGAAAUCACCUUCGAUGGUUAUUACUUGGAAUCCGCGUUCUGUGUAGUGUACGGCAUCGUGUGGCUGUUGCUGGUGCGCAAGUGGAUUGUCUAUCUGCAGGACCUGCCCGUGCGGUCUUGGCUGGUGGUCAAGCAAAAGAAACAGCGGUAGCAAUUAAUAGUGUGAUCCGGGGCUAGAUCCAGCACCGACGCGUAGGUACAAGCAGCUAAUUGUAAGACUAGGAAAAUUCCCGCCUUAAUCGAUUCCAAUGGAAAUAAAAAUUGAGCAUUUGAGCGAAA